UCCGUGAAGGCAGCAGAGGAGCAGAGGCGGAGCAGCAGAGGAGUUUUGAGAGCAGUGACGCGUUAAAAACUGUUUUAAUUCGGUUUUAUUCGCAGAAUAAAAGCAUGGACGGAGAAACACAUACAGCGGAGGUAACAGGACUUCCUGAGUUGGAGAAGAAGGAAAUCCAUUCAUCCAAUAAUCAUUAGGAAGCUGGGCGGGGCAUCACCAUCAGUGGUGUGGUUACCAUGGAGGAGAAGAAGGAAGAUGAGCGAUGGAGGAAGUUGUUCCCAGAUAUGAAGAAGUGUGUGAUCGUGAUCACUCGUACCAGACUCGACCAAACAAACCUGUCAAAGCUGAAAGAGGAGGAGCAGGGAGGAUGUGCAAGGUCACGUGACCGAGAGCAGGACUUUAAAUUAAAGAGAUUUGUGAAGAAGGUUGAGUUCAAAGGUCAAGCACAUCGUGCUAGUGCAGAUGAUCCCAGGGGAAUCUGCCACAGGCUGAGAAGAUCCAGCGUGCUGUGGCUGACACACUGUUCUGAUGUCAUCAGUGACCCCGCCCACCGCUGUGGCCUACACAGACGCAGAAAAGAGAACCGUUGUGAUGCCAACAACAACAGGAGCAACCGGUCAGGGGUGGAGCACAACUAUUGCCUCAAAAUCAAAGUGCCAGACACACCUGAUGGCAACAGCCAAUCACAAGACAGCAGGCUGCCGUCCAGCUAUAGACAUCAAGACAGAGCCUCCAGCUGCUGCCCAGCAGAGAAGAAGAAUCUCCCAAGCAUCGUGUUUAAGAAGCCGACCUUCUCACCAUCGCAGCGUCCACUGAAGAAGCGUCGGAGAGGCUGCAGACAGUGUGUGGCCUGCCUCCGUUACGACUGUGGGAAGUGUUCUUUCUGCCUCGACAAGAAGAAGUUUGGAGGUCCCUCGGUGAAGAGACAGAGGUGUAUGUUCAGACGGUGUCUUGUCCUGUUUUUAUUUUCUCCUCAGAAGACUAACAAAGUGUCCAUGCAGGCUGGAAAAGAGACGAUUAUGGCGACAGCUCAGCCCCAACGCGAUCACCUCAGGAAAGAAGAUGUCGGGGAAGAAAAGCAGGAACCCAGAGAAGAGGAGGAGGAGGAGGAGGAGGAGGAGGCGGCCGUGGAGAUGAUGGAGGAGGUUUUCAGUGAGGGAACGACAGAGAAGGGAAAGUACUACGACAUAGAGGUGGUGGUGCCAGGCUUCGACUCUGACACUGACUCCAUCUGACAUCGACAAUGACCUCACAUCAAACGUGACAGAUGAUGUCACUCUGUCUGACCUUACCUACACACGCCCAGAGUUGAUUUCAUCGGUCAGUGGAGCUUCAGUAGGACACAGGAAGUCACACUUUAUAACUCGUGCUUCUCUGCCCUCUUUCUCUGUUUUCAGACUUCAGGGUCAUUCAGUCUGUUAGGGGGCGUGGUCAGCGGAAGAGGAAGGAAGAGAGAAGCAAAAUGGAGAAAAUGGGACAUCAUAACAAAAACCGAUCUCAAAAAUCUACACCUCAAACAUUUGGUGCAGUUUUCAAAUUAUAGAAAUAUUUUCAUGUUGAUUGGGAAAUGUUUAUUUCAUCACUGAGAGCUUGAAGAGGGACAAAACUCACAGACAUACCUACAGCUUUAAAAGCUGCUCAGUUUAAGAAAAGGAAGAAAAGUUACACGAGCUCCAUCAGAAACGUCAAAAUCAUACAGACCUAGAGCCCGGUUGGUGACUCCACCACAAUCACACCACCACAACCACUGGUCACUGGGGAAAAAUGUUUAUCCCUCGACCGGUUGGCGAGUGGCUGCUGGAAGCUGUUUUUAGGUGAAAUCAGUCGUCUGCUGUGCUUCACUAAAAACCUCCUUGUGAUUGCUCUGGUUGCAAGCAGAUUGCUGCAGUUGUCAUAGUUUGCGUGGAAGAUGUUGACUUGCCUACAAUCACUGCCAACUAGUCACUGAGCAGUAUUGAAGCAGUGAAAAGUGCAAACAAACCAGAAACAGAGAACAUUUGCCAUCAAAGUAAAAGUUGUGCUUUACUGCUUUAAUAGUAACUUAAAUAUUUCAACUGAUGUGACACAUUCUUCUCCAGCAGGUUGCCAACUGGUCUCUAGGCCUUAAUUAGUACUAGGAGCUCAUUCUAGUCAUUUGCUUAAUUCCUAAACAUAAUUCUGCUUUUUACUGAUUAUUUUGGUGUUGUUGUUACUGUGGAGUGAACUCAGAUGGCCUUUAGGCCUUAAACAUAAACACCAUAAACACACUUUAACUUCCCAAAACAUAAAACUUUUUUGAAACUCCUGUGACGAAACUCCUGGAGUUUCUUUUGUUAAGCUGCUUGUUUGGAAAUCCCGUGUUUAUGACUCGUUCAGCUUCAAAAUUCAGCAGCGUUCAUAUAUGUAUUUAAACCAUCUGUGGAAUUUUAAAAGCUUAUUUCAGGCAUCUUACCAAAGAGUUUUCCAUGUUUAUAGACUAAUUCCUGCAGCACUUAGAUAAACAGGAUUUCUGUUGAUGCUCGGUGCUCUUCAGCAGCUUUAAUGUCAGAACAUUUCUACCUCAAUGUGUUUGGAACAGACCUGAUCUCUUAGUUUGGUUCAUCGUGUUUUGUUUAGAUAAUGUUGAUUUCCUUCCUUUUUGCUCUUUCUACUCUGCAGAGCAGUUGUAUAUUCUUCUGCAAAAACCUGAACAACAUUUGAGCUGUAAACAUUUUAUUUUUAUUUAAAGCAGGAAGAAAGCAGGAAUGUCAAAAAUGUUUGGACAGUGAAUGUUCUGGUGUCAGAAAGUCCUGUUGCACCAUGUAAAUAAAGCUCAGUGAAGAAAUACCUUUAUCUGUAACAGUGAGUUUAAAGAGUUUCUGGAGACUUUGUGCUUUUAAAAACAAAUGUAAAGGUUUUGAUAUAAAGAGUUUUGUUAAUG